AGCCUCUUCAGAUUUUCUCCCUGUCAGCAGAUGUUUUCUUUACGUUGAGGUUCUCUGACCUUCAAACAUGUCUGUCGGCGCUCCUUCUCUCAGGAUAGCCUGUGUGAGCGCGCCCAGUGUGUACCAGAAGCUGAAGCAGGGCGUGGUGGACGGUUCAGAGCGAGUCACUGCCGUCGUCUUGGAGUUCGACCGCCGCUUCUCCACCUACAGAGAGGACUACGUUUUCUACGACUACAACCAGCCGCUGUCUCUCCCGGUGAGUGUGGAGCCACGCAGCUUCGACAUCGUCCUGGCCGACCCGCCGUACCUGUCCGAGGAGUGUCUGAGCAAAGUGGCCGAAACCAUCAAGUACUUGAGCAAAGGCAAAGUGCUGCUGUGCACAGGAGCCAUCAUGGAGAAUCUCGCCAAAGAGCUGCUGGAUGUUAAAAUGUGCAGCUUUGAGCCCCGGCACAACAGAAACCUCUCCAACGAGUUCCGAUGUUUCGUCAACUACCCGUCCAGCUUGCUGUGUCUCUGAACUCUUGGCCUGAUUCGAGCAGGGACUGUCUUUGGCAAAUAAGGAUCGUCUUUUUAGGCGAUGCAGAGCAGCAGGAGAAGAGACUUUCACUUCAAUCAACAGAAUGCUCUUUCAUGACUGCUCAUUGAAGGAGCAAAUAUUGACGUUUUUCCAGAAAAAAAUGUCAAACAUCUUAUAAAUCUAAAAUAUGUGACUUUGAUAGUCAGUAGGGGCUGUUUGGUAGGAUAAUAAAUCAAAUGUUGUGUUUUCCAAUAAAAAAUCAUCUCUCAUCUUUAUUUUAA